UUAUCCAAAAAAAAAAAAAAAACGGUCUGGUCGCAUGCUUACUUCGUCUGAAGCGUGGAGGAAGAUGGACGAAACGCCCAAUCCAGAGGCAUUCUCCUUCCCAUCUCUUCCGCUCUCCCUUCUCCGCUCCGGGGAUGGGCUUUUCCCACACUCUCCCACUUCUCUUUGUCCCCCUACUCUUCGUAGUGGCGAUUCCAAGCUUCUCCGAUGCAGCAGUUCUGCCCUCGCUGGGCAAAGGGGAUCCUGCCUUCUUCGAUCCCACGAGAGUCACCCAACUCUCCUGGCAUCCCAGGGCUUUCUUGUACAAGGGUUUUCUGUCCGAUGAGGAAUGUGAUCAUCUUAUCUCACUGGCGAGGGAUAAGCUGGAGAAGUCGAUGGUGGCGGACAAUGAUUCGGGAAAGAGUGUGAUGAGCGAGGUCCGGACGAGCUCGGGCAUGUUCCUUGAGAAGCGCCAGGAUGAAAUCGUGAGAACAAUUGAGCAGAGGAUUGCUAUUUGGACCUUUCUUCCAGAAGAAAAUGGUGAGUCCAUGCAAAUACUACACUAUGAGCAUGGUGAAAAAUAUGAGCCACAUUUUGAUUAUUUUCAUGACAAAGUUAAUCAAGAACUGGGAGGUCAUCGAAUUGCCACAGUACUCAUGUACCUAUCUGAUGUUCAGAAGGGUGGAGAGACAAUUUUUCCAAAUUCAGAGGGAAGAUUUACUCAACAGAAGGAUGACAGCUGGUCUGAUUGUGCAAAGAAUGGUUAUGCAGUGAAACCUGAGAAAGGUGAUGCUUUGCUUUUCUUCAGCCUCCAUCCUGAUGCAAAAACAGAUCCAGACAGUUUGCAUGGAAGUUGCCCUGUCAUAGAAGGUGAAAAGUGGUCUGCAACAAAAUGGAUUCAUGUGAGAUCCUUUGAGAAACCAGAAAAACAAAGGUCAAUUGAGGCAUGCGAGGAUGAGAAUGCUCUUUGCCCGCAAUGGGCUGCUCAAGGGGAGUGCGUAAAGAAUCCUCUUUAUAUGGUAGGAUCCAAGGAGUCAGCUGGAUUUUGUAGGAAGAGUUGCAAUGUAUGUGCCAUGUAGGUCUAGUUCCAUGCGGUAAAACAGUUUUUUUCCAGGGAUUUACUGUUAGAUCCUUUGAUGUACAUAAACUGUCGGACAUACUGAAAGUUCGAUGUUGAUUUCUAGUACAAAUUCCAAAUUUUCUUUUUGAAAGUUUGCAUAAUAUGCGUCAAAAUAUCAAUAAGAUGUCUGUUAUGAGUCA